AUGGACAAAUCUUGGAUGUUCAAGGAUAGAAGAUCAAAAGGCUAUGAGAAUCGAGUUGAACAAUUUCUUAAUUUUGCUAUGAUCCGUGCAAGUGAUCUUCAAUCCAUACGUUGUCCUUGUAGAGUCUGUGGAAACUUGAGAAGCCAACCUAUUCGAGAGAUUAGAAAUCAUCUCUUUUUCAAUGGUGUUGACCAAAGUUGUACCACAUGGAUAUGGCAUGGAGAAGCAGUCACUAGUGGGACAUCACCAUGUUUAAAUGAACAAGAUUUUUCCCAACAACAAUUUGACCCGUCUCGCACAAACAAUGUAGCUGAAACAAUAGAAAUGGUUCAAGAAGCAUACGAUCAUUGCACGGCUGAUCCUGAAGUGUUUAAGAAAUUACUUGAAGAUGCCGAAAAACCAAUGUAUCCGGGUUGCACAAAGUUUACCAAGUUAUCUGCAUUGGUUAAACUGUAUAACUUCAAAACUACGAAUAGCCUAUCUCACACUGGGUUUUCAGACCUACUGACGUUGUUGGGUGAUAAGCUGCCACUGAACAAUGAAAUACCAUCAUCCAUGUAUAAGGCUGGAAAGACAUGGAAGUUGAAGAAGAAUUCCACUGAAAUAAGAAAGGAUGUGCCUGCAAAAGUUUUAUGGUAUUUUCCACCUAUCCCAAGGUUUCGAAGGAUGUUCCAAUCAGCAAAAAUAGCGAAGGAUUCGACAUGGCAUGCUCACGAAAGAGAUUAUGAUGGAACAAUGUGUCACCCAGCGGAUUCUCCAUCAUGGAAGUUAGUAGAGCACAAGUGGCCAGAUUUCGCUGCAGAGCCAAGAAAGCUUCGAUUAGCUAUUUCUGCAGAUGGAAUAAAUCCACACAGUUCCCUUAGCGGCAGGUAUAGUUGUUGGCCAGUUAUAAUGAUUACCUACAAUCUUCCACCAGGGUUAUGUAUGAAGAGGAAAUUUAUGAUGUUAUCAUUGUUAAUAUCAGGUCCACAACAACUUGGUAAUGACAUUGAUGUUUACUUGGCACCACUAAUUGAUGAUUUGAAAAUGUUGUGGGAGGUAGGUAUUGAAGCUUAUGAUGCUUAUAAAGAACACUUCAGGCUGAAGGCUAUAUUGUUGUGGACAAUUAAUGACUUUCCAGCAUUAGGUAAUUUGAGUGGUUGUACUGUAAAGGGAUAUUAUGCAUGUCCAAUUUGCAAUGAAGGAACAUGUUCUCAUAGAUUAAAAUAUGGUAAGAAGAACACAUAUGUUGGCCAUAGAAAAUUUCUUCCACGCCAUCAUCCAUAUCGGAGGGAAAAAAAGGCUUUUAAUGGUGAGCAAGAGUUUGGAUUAACCCCAAUACCAUUAACUGGGGAGGAGAUAUUAAAUAAGGUUGAAGGGCUUGUAACCAUAUGGGGAAAGAAAAAUAAAAAAGCAUUACAGGUUGGUGGUACAAAAUGUUGGAAGAAGAAAUCAUUAUUCUUUGAUCUUGAAUAUUGGAAGUACUUACAUGUUCGACAUAAUUUGGAUGUUAUGCAUAUUGAGAAGAAUGUGUGUGAGAGCCUCAUUGGUACGUUACUUAAUAUUCCAGGAAAAACGAAGGAUGGAAUUAAUUCUCCCCAUAAUCCUAUAGAAAUGGGUUUGCGUGAAGAAUUGGCACCACAAAUUGGGGAGAAGCAAACAUACUUGCCUCCAGCAUGUCACACAUUGUCUAAGGAGGAGAAAAGAAGAGUAUCUACAACAUUAUUGGAAUUGAAGGUUCCAGAAGGAUACUCUUCAAAUUUGGGAAGUCGUGUAUCAAUGCAAGAUUUGAAACUUUAUGGUCUAAAAUCACAUGAUUGCCAUGUAUUGAUGCAACAGUUACUACCUGUGACAAUACGAUCUGUGUUACCUAAGCAUGUGAGACAUGCCAUUAUCAGGUUAUGUUUCUUUUUUAAUGCUAUUUGUAGCAAAGUAGUGGAUGUGGGAAAAUUAGAUGAGAUUCAAAAAGAGCUUGUGGUCACAUUGUGUUUGCUUGAAAAGUACUUGCCACCUUCGUUCUUUGAUAUCAUGGUGCAUUUGACAGUGCAUCUUGUUAGAGAAGUUCAACUUUGUGGACCAGUUCACUUUAGAUGGAUGUACCAAUUUGAGAGGUUCAUGAAGAUCUUAAAGGGUUAUGUUCGUAAUCGUAAUUGUCCUGAAGGUUGCAUUACUGAAAGUUACAUUGUAGAAGAAGCUGUUGAGUUUUGUGCAGAGUACUUAUCUGGAGUGGAUGCAAUCGGGAUUCUUUCUAAUAGGAGCAUGAUAGUUGAUGAUGAUAUAGAAAUUGGAAGGCCUUUAUCAAGUGGUUAUGUUGUUACUGUUGAUCGUAAUGAAUGGGAGCAAGCACAUCAUUAUGUGUUAAAAUACAAGUGA